UCCGAUAGCAGCGCCAGUGCAUUUACUGCGUUUCUUCUCUGCAACUUUGUUACGUUGAAGUAAAUUUUGUGGAUUUAGAAAAGUGGAAAUUUCCGUGAUAAAACAACACCUAUUUCAAUAAAAAUGUACGGUCGUGAUCGUCAAGGAGGAGGUGGAUUCCGGGGUGGUAAUGGACGUGGUGGUCGUGGAAUGGGUUCUGGCGGCGGUGGUGGCGGUGGCCGGCCAAUGGGUGGAGGCGGCGGCGGUAUGGGUGGUUUUCGCGGAGUGAAAAAGCCCAUGGAUUUGAAGCCCAAGAUGAAGCAGCCGGGAGAUCGAUUGCGUCGUGUUCGUUGGGAUACAGCAGCUCUUACGCCGUUCCGCAAAAACUUCUAUCAGCCGCCAAUGAGUGCGGCCAGUCGAUCGUCGUCAGAGGUGGAUAGGUAUUUGCAGAAGAAUGAGAUUACGGUGAAGGGACGUGAAGUGCCACCGCCAAAUUUGGAUUUCAUGGACAACGGAUUCCCUAAAUAUGUUGUCGAUGAGAUUCUAAGGCAGGGCUUCAGUACACCCACGGCCAUUCAGGCCCAAGGCUGGCCAAUAGCUCUGUCUGGGCGUGAUAUGGUGGGCAUUGCCCAGACGGGCUCUGGCAAGACUCUGGCUUAUAUGUUGCCGGCUCUGGUGCAUAUCAGUCAUCAGUCACGUUUGCAGCGUGGAGAUGGUCCAAUAGCCCUCGUUUUGGCACCCACGCGUGAAUUGGCCCAACAAAUUCAGCAGGUAGCAAGUGACUUUGGCUCUUGCACCCAUGCCAGCAAUACCUGUAUCUUCGGUGGUGCACCCAAGGGACCUCAAGCUCGAGAUCUCGAACGUGGUGUUGAGAUUGUCAUUGCAACACCGGGUAGACUGAUUGAUUUCCUUGAGCGUGGCACGACAAAUCUACGAAGGUGCACGUAUCUAGUAUUAGAUGAAGCUGAUAGGAUGCUAGACAUGGGUUUUGAACCACAAAUCCGCAAGAUCAUUGAGCAAAUUCGACCGGAUAGGCAGGUAUUGAUGUGGAGUGCCACAUGGCCAAAGGAGGUGCGCAAUUUGGCCGAAGAGUUCCUCGAUAACUAUGUCCAAAUAAACAUUGGUAGCCUUGGACUAGCUGCCAAUCACAACAUUCUUCAGAUUGUUGAUGUGUGUGAGGAAUAUGAAAAAGAAGGGAAGUUGAUGAAACUUCUGGCGGAAAUUUCGUCAGAGGGUGAGACAAAAACGAUUAUUUUUGUGGAGACAAAGAGGCGCGUUGAGGAAAUAUCGCGCAUUAUCAAUCGCAAUGGCUGGCGUUCGUGUUCAAUUCAUGGUGACAAGUCCCAACAGGAGCGCGAUUAUGUGCUCAAUUCAUUCCGUGGCAACAAACAUGGUAUUCUUGUGGCAACUGAUGUCGCUGCACGAGGAUUGGAUGUGGAAGACGUGAAAUUUGUAAUCAAUUAUGAUUACCCAUCGAACUCUGAAGAUUAUGUUCACCGUAUUGGUAGAACAGGACGUUCUAAUAAUACGGGAACAGCAUACACACUAUUCACGGGCCAAAAUUCUGGAAAAGCCACUGAUCUCAUUAGUGUUCUGCAAGAAGCCAAUCAGGUGGUGAAUCCAAAAUUGUUCGAUAUGAGUAAGGGUGGAUAUGGCAAAGGAGGUCGUAACCGUCCACAGCGUGAUGGUGGAAUGAGCCGCAAUGGCCCCGGUGGAAUGCGCGGUGGCGGCGGUCGAGGAGGCUCUGGUGGUGGAAUGGGCGGAAUGGGCUCUAUGAAGUCAGGCCGUGGAGGAGGUGGAGGCGGUGGUGGUGAUAGAAUGGGAGGAAUGCGUUCUAGCCGCAUGGAUGGUGGGAUGCGCAGUGAUGGUUUUGAUGGGCGUGAUCGCAGUAGGAGCGCCAUGGGGAGUACUUCGCGUUUCAGUUCGAAUCGCGAUCGGGAUGGCAAUAGUGGCGGUGGGUCAAAUUAUGGUGGAGUUGCGAUGUCAGGUGGUGAGAUGGGUAAGUUUGGUGGUAGUGGCGGAGGUUCUGGGGGUUCCUUUGGUGCCUCUGGUGGUGGCAACUACGCCAAUGGCGGUUAUAAUUCCAGUUCAAGCGGUGGCUAUGCCAACAAAAGCAUGCCACCGAUGCCAUCUGGUGGAUAUGGCACUACACAGGGUACCAGUGGUUCCAGCACCGCCGCCUAUGGCAACUAUGGUGUUAUGCCACCAAAUAUGUUUGCCUAUCCACCACCUCCGCUCCCAGUGAAGAACUAAAUAAGAAAAAUUCAAAUGCCCACCGCGCUCAAGAGACACAAACUCCCCAUAAAGAGGAGGAAUAUAAACUUGUAAGAAGUGAUUUAAUUUUCCUUUUUAUUUAAUUUCACUAUCUAUUAUCUCAAGAAAGUAAUAGAGAAUCAAGGAGAUAAGUGGCGCGAGGUGACUAAAAAAAACAGAAGAAUCUUCCUGCAUGCAAAAUGUAAAUUUUUGUUACAGGGAAAAAAAACUAUAAUAAUGUAUUUUUAGCCACGAACAUAGAUAAAAUGAGAUGCAAUUUCGAGGAAAUUUAACCAUUCACUGAUAAUAUAUAAAAAAAAAAACAUAACAUACCUUAUGAAGUAAUUUAUAAAACUAUUUUUCACAUAAAUUCAAUAUAUUCCUAUGAAAAAUUAUGUUAAGUGAUUUCUAUGAAUAGAGAACGACGUUUUUGAAAGAGAAAUUAUCAUCAGAAAAAAAAUUGCUUUGAAAUUUCUUAAUUCAAUAUUUUUAGUUUAAAGAGCCUAAAACCACUAGAAAAAGAAUAAAUUAUCACUAUAGAUUUUUUUUAAAAGGCAUUUUAAAUGGAUUAAUCCAUUGUUGGUUUGAUGGUCCAAUUCGAUUUUGAUUUACACUGUCAAAAAAGUGAAUAAAAUCAACUAAAAACAUACAGGUUGUUUGAAAAGUUCGUGUAAAACUGUAUUUAAAUGAACGUCAUGUAUGAUAAAAAUGGCCACGUAAAAAAUUCAACAAAAAUCUUUUCCAGUAUAAAAGUUUCUGAGUCUCAAUUAGACCAUUUUAAGUCUAAUAAAAUCGAUCUUUAUGGCUCCGGCACAGCUUUUAGUUCAAGAAAACUUCAUAGUCAAAAUUCACAUCCCUUUCUUAACUCUUUCGCGUCACACUUUUAUUCAGCAGAUGCAUUCAUGUAAAAUUGAGUUUUUCCUAAUGAUUUAUGAUCAAAUAUAAUAGUUCUGAGGGGAAAAAAAUUUUCCGUUGCGUGAAAACUUGGAAAAACUCCGGGUCACAUGACCCUAUUUUCGGCAAGGGAAGUAUACAUACCAUUUUCAAAAUCUAUAUCACGGGCUUUCUAAGAGUUUUUUUUGGUUGAAGUUAUUAAUUUGGCCAAAACCAUGGCAAACAGGAUUGUUUUGAUGAACACUGUACUCCUGGUGUUCAAGGAAUCUUCCUGGUAAUCCCUUCAACAGCCACUGUCACAAUAUUUUGAGUGGUAUUUGGCAAAAAUAAACUUGUCUACAUAUUUAUUCACAAACAAUACAAUUGCACAAUAUGAGACGCUUGCAGAAUACUCUAAAAUAUUGCAAAAUAUGUUAUAAUUCAUCAGAUAUAAGAUGAAAUGUCCAGGAGCAAGAUGUAAUGUCCAGGACCUGCAUUUCACAAAGAAAAAUAAUGUCCCAACUGUCCCAACUACAUUGUUGGCACGAAAACACUUUCAUAAACUUUUACCCUUUCCGACAAUAGGGUCAUAUAUGACCCGGAAAAUUCUACGCGCUUUUCUGGAAAAUUGAGAGUAGUUUAUUAUAUCAAACUAUGCAAUAUACAAUCUUUGGAUAUUCUAUUUUGUGUUUCUAAAGAACUUUUUGCUGAAAAAAAUAAAUGAAUAUAAAAAAAUUUGAAAAAAAAGUCAUUUCGCGAUCGUACCAGCGAUUUACCAAAGUUAUCAAAAUUUGUCUCGAGUAAGCGAAGUCUCACACCCUUUACCAAAUGGCUGCUUCAAAGACGGUUAUUUCAAAUCUAUACAUUUUAUUAGAAAAAUUGACGAAAAUAUCUUAAUGAAAUGAAAAGAAUAAUUUUUUCAUAAAUAAUAAAUAAUUCUAAAGGCCUCAGCUGAAAAUCACAUCGUAAAUUUUUUUUGUUCUCAAGAAAAUUCUUGUACAAUUUAUCAAAAAAUGCUGAAUUUUCGGUCGGGAGUAUGUUUAAUACUGCUAUUUUAAUCCUUCUCUCUUCUCUAUAAACAGCAUACCCUCUCAGUAUUUAUAUAAAAUAUAUCAUGAAAAUCGUGAUUAUAAGUUUUACCAAGUUGAUAAAUAAUUUCAGAGAAAAUAUUCCAAGUCCAUUUUGACAAAACGACAUCUUGAGGAAAGUGCCGAAAAUGCAUGAAAUUUUCUAUAGAAAUUCUGUAGAAAAUUCUGCAGAAUUUUCAUAUAACGAUCGGAUUUACCUUUAGAACAAAAUUCUGCAGAAUUUUCAGCAGCUACAUUUUCAAAUCUGACGAAUGUCUGCAGAAUUCUGUAGAAAUUGCCGAGUGGGCAUUUAGGGGUUUUUAGAAAAUGAUUUUUAAAUUAUCUCCCAAUAGUAGGCAAUUUAUAUGAAAGCUAUUUAACUCGUUGUCCCUCAAUGCGGAAUUCCUUGUAGUAGAUUAUUUUUAGUAGACAAAAGGGAUAUAGUUUUGGAAUUAAUGUAGAGGAGGUGGGGCUACUUUGAGCUGUGGGGAUAUAUUUCUAAUGGAAGCUGGACCUUGCCAUAAAUUAAUUUAAAUCUACAAUUGUUUUGUCUAUCUAUAAUACAUUAUGUAAAAGCCCAGUUUUCUUUAGAAUAUGCGAAAAAAAAUCGUAUAUCAAUGUAGCCCCACCUCCCCCUAAUGUUUCUUUCAUGUACAGUAGACUCUCACUCAAUCGGCUCUUUUUCAAUCGAGCGAAAAAUUUUGUUGACAAUUUUCACGUUUAAUUAUGAAGCUAAUUUGCUCAAAUUCGCUGUAGUCCUUCCUAUUUUAUCGUGAUUCUUUAUAAUUGAGCGCUUUUUGUGGAAUUUACAAAGGCUUUGACGUCCAAAUCUAUCGAUAAACCGGAUGACAUUUCGCCCCAAAUGCCCAAUUGAGAGAGAGUCUACUGUAUUUUAACUUUUUUUGACGCGAACUUUUCAAACAACCUGUAUUUACUGUAUUAUUCGUACAGAUGAAUAUGCGAUGGAAUGAUAAAUAUUCAUAUACAUUUCCUAAUAGGAAUGUUUCAUUCUUUAUACUUACUUUUGAAAGGAUGAAUCACAUUUUAUGUUGGAAAGAAAAGUUGAAAGUAACAACUUAUAAAAUGCAUCACUAUUUUAUUCACCCAUCUGUUCGAAAAAAAAGAAGGAACAAAAAAAUUUCCAAUAUUGUUUCAAAAACAAAAGUCCUGUUGAUGGUCACAGGAGGCUAUGAAUGAGUUGAUCAAAGAGAGUGGUUGGUUUAAAUAAGAGAAAAGUAUUGUUUUUUUUAUAUUUCUUCAUUUUAUUUCUCAAUCUCAAUUAGCAGAGUUUAAAAUGUUUUAACUUUCAACAUUUUUCUUGCUUAAUUUCUCUCUACGAUUGCCGUAUAAUGCGUGUGUUGUGUGGUUGUGUGUGUGUAUGUAUGUAGGUAUGAAAUAUGUGGAGAAAGUUUGAAGAGAAAAAACAAAAGAUAUCAAUACAUAAAAAGAAAACACUAAAAUAGUAAUAUUUUUUUUAUAUAACCAAUAUAGAAUUUAUUGAAUUUCUCCCCCUGAAAAAUUGCAAGAUGUUUUUUUUUGUCUAACACUCAGCAAAAAGAUUAAAAUUAUGCAAAACAGAAAUUUAUUUAUGCUUUUUUUUCAAAGAUAAUUUUGAUCAGAGAGUACUAAUGUGAAAGUGGGUCAAAAUACUUUCUAGGUCCACUUAAUGCCUGAGCCUCUUUUUUUUCUAAUAGGGUAAAAUCAUAAUAAAAAAAAUGUGAAUGUUAUUGUAGGAAACAAUGAGUAUUCCUUUUCAAUUUUAGUACAUCUCAAAUGAAACAAAAAAACAAAUCUAAAGAAAUAAUCUGUAGAAGGAAGAUUAUUUAAAUAAAAUUUCCAGAUAUUCAGUAAAA